CGAGCUGCAUUCCUCUUCUCUCCAGUCACACGCAGGGAGCCGCCGGAGCGAGAGUCACAGUCACUCCGUGACCAGAGUGGAAAUGUCUCCAAGUUUUGGAAUUUAAAUCAUGGCGAGGAUUUCUUCACUGCGGAUCACUUGACCGGGCUCACACCACGUUCCUCAGUGGAUGAUGUUCCUGAUGAUGGUGUGCAAUGCAGUGAACAGGACAGUGGAUCAAUAGAAGUGUUUGCUUCCCCACUUCAUUUUCCUGUCUUUGUUACAUAGUUCGCUUUGUUCCCUGAGAGUAGAAGAGAAAGACAAAAAAUUCUGACUUGGAAAACAAGUCUCAGUAUUCACACUCCUUCCCCUUCCCCCAAAUCUCUCCUUUGGAUAGCCCAAACAUGUACUCACAAGCUCGAUCAACAGUUUCCCCUGUUCUGGGGAAGCUGUUUCCUGCGUUCGGGCUUCUACUAAUCAUGACCUCAUCCUUAUGUGGAGGCCAGCCGCCAACUUUUAAACGAUUCACACCUGCGGAGUGGGGGCUUACACAUUUGACCAUUCACAACAAAACCGGGGAAGUCUACGUAGGUGCUGUCAAUUGGAUUUUCAAGCUGUCCAGCAACCUAACCAAGCUGCGUAGCCACAUGACUGGACCAGUGGUAGACAAUGAGAAGUGUUAUCCUCCACCGAGUGUCCAGUCGUGCCCUCAUGACCUGGCCCAGACACCCAACGUGAACAAGCUUCUACUCAUAGAUUAUGCCCAGAAUCGCCUCAUUGCAUGUGGUAGUACUUCGCAGGGAAUUUGCCAAUUUCUACGUCUGGAUGACCUCUUCAAGCUUGGUGAACCUCACCAUCGCAAGGAGCACUACCUGUCCAGUGUUGCAGAGUCGGGAACCAUGUCAGGAGUCAUUAUAAGCUCUCCUCAUAGUCAAACAAGCAAGUUGUUCAUCGGAACCCCCAUCGAUGGCAAGUCUGAGUACUUCCCGACCCUCUCCAGCCGAAAAUUAAUGGAGAACGAAGAAAACGCUGACAUGUUCAGCUUUGUGUAUCAAGAUGAGUUUGUAUCCUCUCAACUCAAGAUUCCAUCUGAUACUUUAUCCAAAUUCCCUGCUUUUGACAUAUAUUAUGUUUACAGCUUCAGCAGUGAACAAUUUGUGUAUUAUCUUACAAUGCAGCUGGAUACACAGCUCACUUCUCCUGAUGCCAGUGGCGAGCAGUUCUUCACCUCUAAAAUUGUACGCCUCUGUGUUGAUGACCCAAAAUUUUACUCCUAUGUUGAGUUCCCCAUUGGCUGUACCAAAGAUGGUGUUGAGUACCGCCUGGUUCAGGAUGCUUACUUGGCCCGACCAGGCCGUCAACUGGCAAACUCUCUGGGAAUCUCUGAGAAUGAAGACAUCCUAUUCACGGUCUUCUCGCAGGGUCAGAAGAAUCGUGCCAAACCACCCAAAGAGUCAGCCCUCUGCCUAUUCACCCUGAGGAGAAUAAAGGAGAAAAUCAAGGAAAGAAUUCAGUCUUGUUACAAGGGUGACGGGAAGCUCUCCUUACCAUGGCUUCUCAACAAGGAACUGGCGUGCAUCAACUCUCCUCUGCAGAUUGAUGACAACUUCUGUGGCCAGGACUUCAACCAACCUCUGGGCGGAACCAGCACCAUUGAGGGCAUCCCACUCUUCCUCGACAAAGAAGAUGGCAUGACCUCUGUGGCAGCGUAUGACUACCGUGGAAACACUGUGGCUUUUGCUGGCACGCGCAAUGGCAAACUGAAAAAGAUCUUGGUGAACUCUGUGAGUCCAAACCGCCCAGCAGUACUCUAUGAGAAGGUGACCUUAAGUGAAGGAGGAAGUCCCUUGCUGAGAGACAUGCUCUUUAGCCCUGAUCAGCAAUACCUCUACACACUGACUGAUAAACAGGUGGUGAGAGUUCCAGUGGAGAGCUGUGAGCAGUACACUACGUGUGGGGAGUGUUUAGGCUCCAGAGACCCUCACUGUGGAUGGUGUGUCCUCCACAAUGUCUGCUCACGAAAGGACCGUUGUGAAAGAGCGGGAGAACCCCAGAGGUUUGCAUCAGACCAGAGGCAGUGUGUGGAGCUCACCGUUCAGCCCAAAAAUAUUUCUGUCACCAUGUCUGAAGUGCAGCUGGUCCUUCAGGCUCGUAAUGUGCCUGAUCUAUCAGCGGGGGUCAACUGCUCCUUCGAGGACUACGUGGAGACCGAAGGACUGAUCCAAGGCGGAUAUAUUUACUGCCUUUCUCCAUCUGCUCGUGAUGUCAUUCCCAUCACACGGAACAAAGGUGACAAGCGUGUGGUGAAGCUUUAUCUGAAGUCCAAGGAAACGGGCAAGAAGUUCGCAAGUGUUGAUUUUGUCUUCUACAACUGCAGUGUCCACCAUUCCUGUCUCUCCUGUGUAAAUGGAUCAUUCCCAUGCUACUGGUGCAAGUAUCGUCACAUGUGUACCCAAAAUGCGAAUGACUGCUCCUUCCAAGAGGGACGAGUUAACAUGUCAGAGGACUGCCCACAGAUUUUGCCCUCAACACAGAUCUACAUCCCAGUGGGAGUGACCAAGCCCAUCACCUUAGCUGCCAAGAACCUUCCCCAGCCGCAAUCUGGGCAAAGGAACUAUGAGUGUGUGUUCCACAUCCAGGGGGAGACCCACAGUGUCCCCGCCCUGCGCUUCAACAGCUCAUCUAUACAGUGCCAGAAGACAGCGUAUACUUACGACGGCAAUGACAUCAGUGACCUGCCAGUGGAUUUGUCUGUGGUUUGGAAUGGAAACUUUAACAUUGACAACCCCUACAACAUAAAAGCUCACCUGUAUAAGUGCUAUGCACUGAGAGACAGCUGUGGGAUGUGUCUGAAGGCCAACCCUAGAUUUGAGUGUGGCUGGUGUGUGCAAGAGAAGAAGUGUUCCCUUAGGCAGGAGUGCGCUCCUACAGAGAGCACUUGGAUGCACGCCACCACGGGAAACAGCCGCUGUGCGCACCCCAAGAUCACCAAGCUAUUUCCCGAAACUGGGCCAAGGCAGGGAGGAACCAUGCUGACUAUCACCGGUGAGAAUUUGGGUCUCCAGUUCAAAGACAUCCAGAAUGGAGUCCGCAUUGGAAAAGUGGCCUGCAACCCUCAAGAAGACCAGUACAUCAGUGCUGAGCAGAUUGUGUGCCGACUGAAUGAUGCAACAGGUUACCGGGUGCAGGAGGCUCAAGUGGAGGUGUGCGUGAGGGACUGCAUUCAUCCCGACUACAAAGCAGUCUCCACCAAGGCUUUUACGUUUGUGUCUCCAUACUUCACGCGUGUCAGGCCAUCCACUGGACCGCUGUCUGGAGGUACAAGGAUCACCAUAGAUGGCAGUAACCUAAACGCAGGCAGUGCUGUGUAUGUAAAGAUUGGACUCCAUGCCUGCCGUUUUGAGAAGCGAAACAGCAGCGAGAUUGUAUGUGUGACCCCAGCCGGACUAGCUCCAGGCCCGACUCCGGUCAUGGUGGACAUCAACUCAGCCGAGCUGAGAAACCCGGAGGUCAGGUUCAACUACUCGGAUGAUCCCACCAUCCUGAAAAUUGAACCCGACUGGAGUAUUGCCAGUGGAGGGACCAUGUUAACCGUCACAGGAACUAAUUUGAUGACGAUCAAAGAACCCAAGAUGAGGGCUAAAUAUGGAGCUGCCAAGUCAGAAAAUAACUGCACCGUAGUCAACAACACAGUGAUGGUGUGCCUUGCUCCCUCCGUUGCCGGCUCUGACAAAGUUUUCUCCGAGAUGGGAAGCAGUCCAGAUGAAAUUGGCUUCAUCAUGGAUGAUGUGCAUUCUGUGCUGGUUGUCAAUGAGACAUUCAGCUACCAUCCAGACCCUGUGUUUGAACCUCUGAGCCCCAAUGGCAUGUUGGAGCUAAAGCCCAGUUCUCCACUAAUUCUCAAGGGCCGCAACCUGAUUCCUGCAGCGCCUGGAAAUACUAAGCUGAACUAUACAGUUUUGAUCGGGGAGACACCGUGUAUUCUCACCUUGUCUGAGAGCCAGCUCCUGUGUGAGUGGCCCAACCUCACUGGAGAACACAAAGUCACCGUGCGUGUCGGAGGCUUUGAAUACUCACCGGGGACCUUGCAAAUCUACUCGGACAGCCUUCUCACGCUGCCCGCUAUCAUUGGUAUUGGAGGAGGAGGCGGCCUGUUACUGCUGGUUAUUAUUGUGGUGCUUAUUGCUUACAAGAGGAAGUCCCGUGAUGCAGACCGCACCCUCAAACGACUCCAACUGCAGAUGGACAACCUGGAGUCCAGGGUGGCCCUUGAAUGCAAGGAAGCAUUUGCAGAACUGCAGACGGAUAUCCAUGAGCUCACUCAGGAACUUGAUGGAGCAGGAAUCCCCUUCCUGGACUACCGCACCUACGCCAUGAGGGUCCUCUUCCCUGGGAUUGAGGACCAUCCUGUUCUCAAGGAGAUGGAGGUCCCGGCCAACGUAGAAAAGGCCCUGACACUGUUCGGACAGAUGCUGACCAAAAAGCACUUCCUGCUCACGUUCAUCCGCACCCUUGAAGCGCAGCGGUCCUUUUCGAUGCGUGACCGCGGCAACGUGGCCUCUCUCAUCAUGACCGCGUUGCAGGGGGAAAUGGAGUACGCUACAGGCGUCCUCAAACAGCUCCUGUCUGAUCUCAUCGACAAGAACCUGGAAAGCAAGAAUCACCCCAAGCUCUUACUACGGAGGACGGAGUCAGUAGCGGAGAAGAUGCUUACCAACUGGUUCACCUUCCUACUUUACAAGUUCCUCAAGGAGUGUGCUGGGGAGCCUCUCUUCAUGCUGUAUUGUGCCAUGAAGCAGCAAAUGGAGAAGGGGCCGAUAGAUGCAAUCACUGGAGAGGCGCGCUACUCCCUCAGCGAGGACAAGCUCAUCAGACAGCAGAUUGACUACAAGACUUUGACGCUGCACUGUGUGAACCCAGAGAAUGAGAACGCUCCCGAGGUGACCGUAAAAAGUCUAAACUGUGACACGGUGACGCAGGUGAAAGAGAAGCUCCUCGAUGCCGUGUACAAGGGCACACCCUAUUCUCAGAGACCAAAGGCCUCCGAUAUGGACCUGGAAUGGAGACAAGGGAGGAUGGCUCGUAUUAUCCUCCAAGAUGAAGAUGUGACCACUAAGAUCGACAAUGACUGGAAGAGACUCAACACCCUGGCUCACUACCAGGUGACAGAUGGCUCCGUAAUUGCCCUGGUACCCAAGCAGAACUCUGCUUACAAUAUCUCCAACUCCUCCACAUUCACCAAAUCUCUCAGCAGAUACGGUACGAAAGAAGAGAGCAUGCUGAGAACAGCCAGCAGUCCAGACAGUUUGCGCUCCCGAACCCCAAUGAUCACCCCUGACUUGGAGAGUGGCACUAAACUGUGGCACUUGGUCAAAAACCACGACCACUCGGACCAGAGAGAGGGGGACCGAGGGAGCAAGAUGGUGUCUGAGAUCUACCUGACUCGGCUGCUGGCCACCAAGGGCACGCUCCAGAAGUUUGUGGACGACCUGUUUGAGACCAUCUUCAGCACAGCCCACAGAGGCAGCGCCCUGCCACUCGCCAUCAAGUACAUGUUUGACUUCCUGGAUGAGCAGGCCGACAAACACUCCAUCACGGACUCCGAUGUCCGGCACACUUGGAAGAGCAACUGCCUCCCCCUGCGCUUCUGGGUGAAUGUGAUCAAGAAUCCGCAGUUCGUGUUCGACAUCCACAAGAACAGCAUUACAGAUGCCUGUUUGUCCGUGGUGGCCCAGACCUUCAUGGACUCCUGUUCCACGUCCGAGCAUAAAUUAGGAAAGGACUCACCGUCCAACAAGCUGCUUUACGCUAAAGACAUCCCUAACUACAAAAACUGGGUGGAGAGGUACUACUCGGAUAUCUCAAGGAUGUCAGCCAUCAGUGACCAGGACAUGAGUGCCUACCUGGCGGAGCAGUCCCGUCUACAUGCCAACCAGUUUAACAGCAUGUCUGCCCUACAUGAAAUCUACUCAUACAUCGUCAAGUAUAAGGACGAGAUCUUGUCGGCGUUAGAGCGUGACGAGCAAGCGAGGAGGCAGAGGCUGCGCAGCAAGCUGGAGCAGGUCAUCGACACGAUGGCCCUGACGAGCUGAGGAUCGUCCGCCCAUCCGUCUCCCGCCCUUGCCCCGCUCCCACGCGCCACAAAGCAACCCCCCGACAAUACAACAAACACAAACUGCAAAAGCAUCGAAGCGGUAUACUGCAAAACUGACCGGGCUCGGCAGAGAUUGGCGGCUCUAUGUAUGCCUCCGUGUGUUCGUGUACGUGUGUGAUAGAGAGCGAACUUUUCCACAGCCUCCCGUCACGCAGAACGUGUGACUGAGAGCUUUCGGUUGCUGUGGAUGUUGUGUUCGAUGGAGUUUGGAGCAAAGACACAAAGAACUCCACGCCGGGGCCUGUGGUGCAUAACGGAGCCAAUAGAGACGAGCUUUGUGGCUCACGUGUUGGCUUUUUUUUCCUAUUUCAUUUGUUUUGUAUAAAUGUAACCAACUGCCCACUCUCUGAUCUCUCGCCACUUGUAUUACUGCUGAAUUUGCACAAUUUACAGAAACGCUACAAAGGAAGAAUAUAUAGAUGUUAUAUAUAAAUACAGCUACGUUUUUAAAGAAAGAUUAGGGAGAGAGCAGUUGUUUUUUUCCCCCCUCUUUGGUUUUAAUCAACACAAAAUCCAACGGUAAAUUUGAUAGCUGAAGUGCAAAGAAAAAAAAUGCUACAAAAACUGAAAAAAAAAAAAAGUCGUACUGUGCCAUGUUUCCUUUGAAUGUUGUUUAGUGCAAAGACAUUUUGUUAGGUGGAAUGUGCUACCGUAUGAUUUGAAAUAUGAACACGCCUUGUGACUGAAAUGAAACGUUUAAGACCGUCAGAAGAAGAAAAAAAAAUGACAAAAGACAGCGCGCGGUUAGUUUUACUGCGUCCACUUCAAACAGUGCAAUGUUUUGGGUUGGGAACACCAAAUACGCACUCAUAGGAUUGUUGCUUGACAUGCAUUUUCUCGUUUUCCGUUCAAUAAAGGCUCAGCUAUAAUCAACAAAAAGUCCAUCGGUGGCCUAGCACGCAUUUACUAAUGUAUACCGUAAUUUCCGAACUAAAAGGCGCAUCUGACCGUAAGCCAAAUUUGACACAAAAACGGGUAACACUUUUUUGAGAGCGGCAUCAUAAGACUGUCAGGACCAAAUGAACCACCAUGAAGCUUUGAACCAAUUGGCUGCAAAGUUUAAUUGCUUCAAGAAGCUUCAUUUGGCCAUUACUGCACCUUUGAGGGAGACAGUCAACCUGUACUGCCAACACUUGUCGUCCAACAUGCCUCCUAGCAUGCAUUGCAGCAGUACAGAUGGAAAUAACAAUCAAAAUGUAAUUUCUGCACUAAUUAUUUCUUCAGUUACUGUUCCAGUUGUUUCAUUCUCCUCAAUGUAUAUAAUGGGAUAUUUACACCAAAAGAUAAUCGAUAACACUUUUUUGACAGCGGCAUCAUAAGACUGCGAUAAGACCAAAUGAACCAACCUGAGGCUUUGAACAAAUUGACUGCAAAGCUUAAUUGCUUCAAGAAGCUUCAUUGUUCCCUUGAGGGAGACAGUCAACCUCUACUGCCACCUACUGUUAACACUGUUGUAGUCCAACAUGCCUCCUAGCAUGCAUUGCAGCGGUACAGAAUCAAAAUUCAUAUUCUGUCCUAAUUAUUUCUUCAGUUACUGUUCCAGUUGUUUCAUUCUCCUCAUUGGAUAUAAUUGGAUAUUUACACCAAAAGAUAACCGAUAACACUUUUUUGACAGCGGCAUCAUAAGACCAAAUGAACCAACCUGAGGCUUUGAACAAAUUGGCUGCAAAGCUUAAUUGCUUCAAGAAGCUUCAUUUGGCCAUCACUGUUCCCUUGAGGGAGACAGUCAACCUCUACUGCCACCUACUGUUAACACUGUUGUCGUCCAACAUGCCUCCUAGCAUGCAUUGCAGCGGUACAGAUGGAAAUAACAAUCAAAAUUCAUAUUCUGCCCUAAUUAUUUCUUCAGUUACUGUUCCAGUUGUUUCAUUCUCCUCAUUGGAUAAUAGGAUAUUCACACCAAAAGAUGACCCAUAACACUUUUUUGACAGCGCCAUCAUAAGACUGUCAUAAGACCAAAAGAACCACGAUGAAGGUUUGAACUAACUGGCUGCAAAGCUUAAUUGCUUCAAGAAGCUUCAUUUGGCCAUCACUGUUCCCUUGAGGGAAACAGUCAACCUCUACUGCCACCUACUGUUAACACUGUUGUCGUCCAACAUGCCUCCUAGCAUGCAUUGCGGCAGUACAUAUAUAAAUAACAAUCAAAAUUCAUAUUCUGUGGUAAUUCUUCAGUUGCUGUUCCAGUUGUUUCAUUCAUUGCUAGUUAUGGUGUUUGUUAACACUUUAUUUGACAUAAGACCGUCAUAAUUAUGACACUGCCAUGAUGAUUCAUAAAUGCUUAUGACAGAUAUCAUUUAGUGUCAAAUUAUCUCCCUUUUGAAUGGAUGUAAAAGAUCCGAGCUCGACAUAAAUGGAGUUUGUGAUAUAAUUUGCCGGAUUACUCUUAAUGACAUCUGUCAUAUGCAUUCAUUAAUGCUCAUGAUAGUGUCAUGUCAUAAUUAUGACGGUCGUAAUGCAGUCUUAUGACGCCGCUCUUAACCCAAUAAAUCAACAAAUAAGCCGCAGGAUUCAAAAUGAGAGGAAAAAAGUAGCUGCUAAUAGUCCGAAAAUUACGGUAAUCUGCCGAGUGGGGUCAGGUGCUGCUUAACUAUCGUGUUGAAAGUGGCAUCGAGACUUUUUUUUUUUUUUUUUUGCCUGAAGCAACAUGUUUUCAUGAUGUCUGCAACGUUGAUAGGGCUGAGUCUAUAUUAUGUGAAGGAGGUCA